AUGUGUUGUGCUUUACACUGGUCCUUCUCCUCUCGUGUCAACCGAGGCUAGCCCAGCAUCACCGCCUUCUUCUUUCUAUCCCUCCUGCUUUUUCUGUCCUUCUGUUAAUUUUUCCGUCGUUUCUUCCCGGCAUUUUAGAAACCACUCUAAAUGCACGACGCGAAUCUCUCUUUUUAUACUCAUAUUUCCCCCGAUCGGAAAGCGUUGUGGUAGCUGCUUGGACCGUCGUGCCGCAUCAGCCGGGAGAGAAAAACAUCCAUCCACGACGACAAGGAGGCAGGGUGCGAAUACAGCAACGCCCAUUUUGACACCUACUGUAUCUCCACGGGGCCCACGAAGACGUGAAAUAAUUAUAUUUUUGUCUGCUUUUUAAAAAAAAGAAGAAUUCAGAGGUCUUUCUCGAUUGUUUCCUGCCCUGCAUGUUUCCAGCAUCCUCCAGCAGCGGUAGAUAUCAACAGGGGCUGCUGGGGUGCCCCCUUUGCAUGCAGCGCACCUAGAGUCCAUUUCUGCAGGUGAGUGUUUUUCCCUCAUACAAAGAUUCAUUUCCCUGCAACGCUAUCAAUAUGUCUACUGGCAAAUAGAGUUAGAUUUAGGCUUAUUUUAUCAUGCAUUGUAUUUCAAUGGUGAUUGUGAUUAUAUAUGUGUAAGGGGAGGGGGUACAUGCUUUUCUUGCAGUAAACAAAAUUGACCUGCAUUGUGCUAGACAGGCGAUUGAAUGGAGAUCCAACAGACGAUGAGAUUUUUCUGAAUUAAAAGUUGUAAUUUUUAAAUUGUACUAAAAGUAUAUAAACAUGUCUAAAUGCAUUCACAGUGUAUUCCAAAUUAAUGUUUUUACUUUGAUUUGAGGUGGUUGAAAAGGGCUCAAAACACACUAAUACAGCUGUUGAAUCAUUUUAUAAUCAAGGGCAAAAACUGAAAUAACCAUAGUUUUCCUCAAAAGUGUCAAAAAUUGUGUUUUGGGUUUUAAAAUGUAAAUAUUGUCCUACAUAUUUAGUCUGAUUGUGUUUAUAUCAUAUCAUAUGAUAGUAAGCAGACUAUUUGUAGGAUUUGAAGCCCUAAGUUAUCAAUCUGGGAGUUUUUAUUGGAGCAUGUUUAUCUUAUUUAAUCCAUUAAAGAUUAUUAAGGGGAAACAGUUUAACCUACAUUCUGUGUCAGGGUAAGCGUCCCACUUUUGCUCAUGGUCAAUCAAUAAAAUGUGUUUUAAUUGAGUCGCCUGUCUGGUUCAAUGUAUCAUCAGAUUUUAAAGGGAAAAGACCCUUUUAAAUCUGCUUUUGCUGCAGUUGUUAUGAAAGAAACGCUUCAUGAUCAUUAAGGGGGAAUUGUAUAGAAAUAUGACAUCAUGCUGAGCCGCUAGACGAGUACUGCUGUUGGUGUUUCUACUGCAGCCGGUCUGUAGUAGAUGGCUGUAGGCGCUGAUUUGAGACAGGCAAACCAGCAGUCAAAAUAAAGAGAGAUUUCCAUUUUGCUUGUAGACUGCUGAUGCCCAAAAACCCCUGUUUACUCACGCACACACACAUACACACACACUCACACAGGCGCAGUUGGGUGAAGAUCAGUAGGCUCCGUUCCCUAGCAACAGCAAUGUGCGCUGGUCAAGGCUCCUGCCAAAUUUAGCUCCUGGGCCUGUGCUGCCAAUCAGUCCGGUGUGUUCAUGUGUACAGACGCAUGCCUCAUGCACACAGGUUUGUGUGGAUAUUUGGGUCCCGUUGGGCGCAGCCAUGCUAAAAUAUAGAUGUGUGCUGUGCUUUACUCUGCAGGAUGCUCUGCAGUCACCAGGGUUGAUUCCUCCUUACGCUAUAUGUGCAUGUAUGGUUGCAUUAAUGCAGCAAAAUAUUUACACACAGGAUGCAGAGAUUUCUUUGUUGAACGUCACAGUGGAUAAUAAAUACAACAAAAGCAGAUCCUGAGAGUCAAGUUGUCAUGCAUAUUUUAUGCUCAUGCAAAUGCACAUUGUAAAAAUCUCCUCUUUUACUGCUUUGCAUACGGUUGAGCUGUAAAAUGCAAUAUUUUAAGUCUUAAAAGCCAAUCAUUUUGCAAAUCAUAUCCCCAGAUUUGAGCUAAUAUAUAGAAUUGUGCUGCAUUCAUGCUCUGCUGUACAAACAGCUGAUAGUGCUCAUAAAAUAAAAGGCUGUAAUGUAAUGUUUAAAUGCUUUUUCUCAAGUGUAAAGCACUCGUUUCAAUGCAUUGAUUAAACAAUAUUGAUUUACUGUUUUUGACUGUUAAUAACACAAGAAAACAGCUCAGCCAACUCUUGAGUGACUUGUUUUCAUUCACUUUGCCUCUCAGACUUGAACACAGCUGACUAUUGGAUAAACAAAUCAAAUUAAAAGCUCCUGAAGGUUUAGAUGCACAGACUUCAUAAAGGAAAUUUGCUUUUUCGGUGUUGUCGGACAGCUCUCUGUGGAGUUUGGUGGGUGUCAGUGGACCUGUGUAUCCAUGCAAAACCGGCUCCCUGCUGUAAAUCAGGGUCAAUCGGGCAGAAACGAGCACCUGCCCUCAGUGCCCCUUCCCUGCAGUAUUUAAGCUGUUUUAAUGCCAUUAACCAGGGGGGCGGUCUGUAGGAGACUGAAAGAGGGGGGCAUAUCCACUCAGCCCAGCACGGGAGGGAUUAACAUCAAUCCAGGGAACACACACACACAUAGACAAUAACACACACACACACACACAUACGAUGCUAGACAGACAGAGCGAGCUUAUCCUCCAGGCCAGCUGUGUCUGUUGAUUUGUUGAUGUGCUUACCACGUGUUGACAAACAACUUGUUUACGUCUUCCCCUCAGACUGCAUCAGUGGCCUUAACCGCACACAUCUCUCAGCGGUUCUCCUCCACCGCUUUCCCCCGCCUCUCCCCCCUGCGAACGCCUCAGCACCUCAUUCUCCUCGCCGUCUCCCGCCAUCGCGUCCAGCUGUGGCCCUCACAGGGCGCGCUCGCUGGCUCUCACCUGAUAGGUCCCUGGCCUCAGGACGACAGCCAGCACCAACACGUUCCCUACAUGAGGGACAAAGCCACGCAGGUGAGCGAAUGAAUCUCGCUGUCAUACUAUUUACAUCCAUUUCAUUCGUUCCAAACUCGGUAAAAACUAAAUAAAUCUUUAUAUUCGCAUGUUUACAUCCUUCUUCCAGACCAGCUAUGCUUGCAAAUGUUUCCUGUUGACAUGGCAGGAAACUACUGCAGGGACUUGAACAGAGAUUGCAGCUGGUUGCAUCAUGACACUGUGUUGCCUGAAACUACGGCACUCAGACUGACUUUGAAGCACACGUGACAAACUGUUCGGUGUUUCUUUAAAAGCAGCUCAGUCAAAGAAGUAAAGAGGUCACAAAGAUGUUUAAAAAACCUCCUCGAAACAUCCCGAAACAAACAUUUCUGAACUAUUUGUGAAACUAUAUUGUUGUACUCUGAAGUGACUUGUGUGUUAUGCUGCUUACAGUGUUUGUUUAAGCCUCCUUGGGGUCAAUCCCUUCAUGUUAGGAGUCCUUAAAGUCAGACAACCUCAUGUAAAAGUUCCAUACUUUAAAAAAAUUUGUGUUUUUGAAGACCUGAGGUGCAAAAAAUAUCAAAUAUUUUAAAGAAAAAUUAAAGUUGCUGCUCCAAAAAGAAGAAAAUUGCCAGUGAUGCUAUUCUUUUUUGGGGCGUAUUUUAUGUUAAGGGCUAAAGUGUGUGUGUGUGUGUGUGUGUGUGUGUGUGUUUGUCUUUCAGACCCCCAGGGCCUGGGCAGAUGAGAGGAGGAGGGGCUCUCACAAACGCUCGGCCUCCUGUGGGAGCACCGACCAACUCAAGGAGGUCAGAAGAUACAUCUUUUGUGUUCAGCCGAAUACAAUCACCACUUAUUUCCGCAAACUUCUGAACGUCUGGAUUGAAUCGUCAGUUGGUCUGCUUUUGUCCUCAGAUUGCCAAAUUGCGUCAGCAGCUUCAGCGCAGCAAACGCAGCAGCCGCCAUCGGAGGGACAAGGAGCGCAAGUCCCCGUUCAAUGGCAGCCACACCAUCAUCCAGUCGCAGGUAAUUCACACAGAGAGUCUGCUUUAAGGUGCGUGUGUGUGUGUGUGCGUGUGUGUGUGUGUGUGUGUGUGUGUGUGUGUGUGUGUGUGUGUGUGUGUGUGUGUGUGUGUGUGUGUGUGUGUGUGUUUUUCUGCCAGGUGGCUCCAACUCUGAGAGGAACUAGGUUGAAUCUGGAUUUUAAGGUUUUGAGGACGCCCCACUUUUCCUCUUGUUCCUGUUUGGCUGUUUUUGUGUGUGUGUGUGUGUGUGUGUGUGUGUGUGUGUGUGUGUGUGUCCUGGUUAAUUUAAAAUGUGACGCCGGGCCCGAGAUGUCAGUUAAACUAGGCUCCUCUCUUAAAAACACACACACACAAACACACACUCACAGAGUUGUCUUAGUGCCCACUUCUGUCAUGUUUCUGUUGCGCUCCCUGUGGAGUCUGCUGGAGUGCAGCUGUCCUGCUUUCUGGGCCUCCCCAUGAGACAAACAGAAAGAAGAAGAAGAAGAAGAAGAAGAGGAGGUUGAUGAGCCGGAUCGCGGAUUCGAAGAGACACCAGACAGCUGGAGCGCACUAGAAAGACUUCCUUCCUACUUCUGUGCAGAAUAACCUCGAUCGUGUUUGUUUUUACAGUCGCCUAUGCCCAAGACCAUCCUGAUUCCCAUCCCGAUCUCCAAAUCAUCCGCCCCUCGUUUUCGUAACAGCGUGGAGGGUCUGAACCAGGAGAUCGAACGCAUCACAAUUCAGGACACUCCUGAGAAAGAAGAGAUCAUCGUUGUAAGUUUCUCACGCACAUGCAGGAAAUUGAACUCGCAGACUCUGUCCUGAUGCGUCGUUGCAGAGCUGCGGUCUUAGUGUCAUACAGGCUGUAACCCCGUCAGUGCAUCAUUGUUAUUCUGACCUCAUUUGUCUGUUUGUACGGCAGCCACAGGACGUCCCAGAUGGGCACCGUGCACCCCCACCCGUCCCUCCUCAGCGCAGCAGCAGCACCCGCAGCAUCGACACGCAGACUCCCUCAGGGGGCGGCCUAAGCGGUAACCACAGCAACUGCAGCAGCCGCCCCGACUCCAUCUCGCCCUCCUACCUCACCGUCCUCAACGACAUGGGUGGAGGCAGCCCCUACGAGGACAAAGGUGACUGGCGGACACGCGCCGCAUGUUGUUAAACACGCCCACGCUCGUGUUUUUUCUCUUUUGAGUCUGAUCUGUUGUUGACAUCGAUCUUUGACCUGCAGAACUGGGCCCCUGCUCCCCGCUGCCCAAAUACGCCGCCUCUCCCAGACCUAACAACAGCUACAUGUUCAAGAGGGAACCUCCAGAGGGCUGCGAGAAGGUCAAAGUGUUCGAGGAGUCCAUGUAAGGAUUCAAGUCUCUUCAACUGUUACAUUUGAACACCUAAAACUAACUCGAAUAAACGAUCUUUAAAAGUAAAUGAACUGACCUUGCAAAACUAGAUCUAUCUUUGCCUAAUAGAGCAAUAAAACUGUUAAAUAUCUUUGGUUAUUAAAUGUUUUUGCAAGUUAUAGACUACUACCAGCCUGAUAUUGUAAUAAGGUGUGUAUUUUGUCAGCUACAAGUUUCCAAAACAGCUCUUAAAAGCUCUGUCAAAUUAUCGUAGAGUGUUUUUUUUAAGGCUAACGGUCCCUUUGUGAUUCCAGGCCCAAGCCUCUGCAGGAGAUCCCUCCCUUUCUUUGUCCCGACCGCAACAAGGUCAACUUCAUCCCCAACAGCGGCUCUGCCUUCUGCCUCGUCAGCAUCCUCAAGCCCUUACUCCCCGCCCCGGACCUCAACUUCCGCCCCGGGGUGGGCCUCCGGAGCCUGUCCCCGUCCCUGGUGCCUCUGUCCACCCAGCCCUGCCUCCUGGAGGAGCCUGAGAGUUUCUGAUGGGCAUCGAACCCCGACCCCCUCUCAAUCCCUACCCCCCCACGAAAUCAGAAAACACUGGAAACAACCCUUCUGCUCCGAAACAAAUGCCUUCAGCAUGCCAGCUAAGCUCUCUCUGAUGUCCUUCUCUUGUUGAAAAAGCGCUUCCCACUGCCUCUCCUCCUCAGAUGACUACAACGUGAGAGUCCUGCAGCCCAGCGCGGGGAUUUGCAGCUAACAUUUCAUCGCUUUUCUUCUACCUUUAGUGCUGGUUAUGUUCCUGUUUUUUGGAGGAAAAGGGCGAGAAAAAAAAAAGGACAGACUCUUUUAUUUCAUCGUAUUAUACCAUGGCGCCUUUCCACGGACAUAUCUCUUUUUCUAUCUGUAGUUAUUUCUCUUGAUAUGAAAUAUGCCUUCCAUUAAGAAAAAAAAAGGCCGCUUGUUUCUUUGGCGGCCGAGAGUUUGACCACGGAGGCUCAUAUUGGUGCUGCCAGAUUUAUCGUAGCAAAACUUGAACGGUCGUGACAAGGAGAAGUUAAAAUGUGCCUGAUAUUUGAGACCGCUCAGUUUCGCUAAUGUGGCGUAGUGCGUAGAUCAUGUUAGUCUGGUUAGCGUGACUCACAUGAUGUCUGCACUACGGCGACUAUAGAUACACACAGAGGGGCAGGGACUUCUUAAAACCACCUGUGACUGUUCCAGACUUGUGUUUUGUACUUGGAUCAGAAAUUUUGUGUAAAAUCCGACUUUAAUCUGGAGCAAAAUGAUGCCUUUGUUACACCAAAUGGUAGCAGUGACUCAGUCCCUGCCUGUCAGUGUGUAUCCAUGGGAAACACAGGCCAGGGCUAUGAUGUGUGCAGCGUGUUCAACCCGUGUCUGCUUGCCCCUCCUUUCCAAGCGCCAGCCUUUUACACUCAAUAUGUCCACCUCCAUCACAACCACACCCUUCUGUUCCUCAUUCCCCAGCUCUUUCGCUCCUUUUCUCCCCCCUUCACCUUCACCGUAGCGCUCAUUUCCUUCCGUCUUGCUCUGUGUUGUUGUAAAAUGUGUCCAGGGAGGCCUCAUCCUCACAUGUCAGGCUUCCUCUGGCGUUGCUCGGCCCUGAGCGUGGGGAGGCUGGGGGAAACCAAAUACUGCACAAAAUGGCAUUUCUAGGGCUGGAACCAGGGUGAUGACGAGGGGUGGCCUUAACCACCACGAACCUGGAAAUCCUGAGAUCCCAAAUUGAACGAAAAUUAACUAAAAUGAAAGUUUAUUCAAAAUAAACAACCGCAGGAUAAUUCUCCUAAAAGUGUAGAUAAUUUACACCAAGUCAUGAAUAGUCUCACACAUAAUGAAUGAAGUGAUGAUUCAAAGUGGGAAACAAGGGUUUGUGUUUUUUUUGGGGGUGGUUCAAAAAUCUUUUUCUUGCAUCUGGCAAUCCUAUGAAUUGAAAAUGGCUUUAAGUACUCAGGUCUGGUGAUCCAGGGGCGAUCUUAAGGGGUGGCAUGGGUUCUAAUUAUGUCUGACAGACCACCCAAAUCCAGGACUACCAUUGGCUCUUUGAAUUGUCUGAGCCAGCAUGCACAUCUGUUGUUUAUUAUCCAUAUAGGAGUAUAAUUUGUGGUACUCUGCGUGAUUUUUAAGGAUGCUCCACUAAGAUAAAAGAAAUUUGAAAAGUCAGAAUUAAGUUUUAAUUAAAUAAUUUAAUUUAAUUAAUUUAUUUAAUUAAAUAAUUUAAUUUAAUUAAUUUAUUUAAUUAAAUAAUUUAAUUAAAUAAUCUAAAACAUUUUGGCGAACAUGACCAGAAUUGAAUAAACCAAACAGAGCGCUGUGUAACCAGCACAACCAUGUGAGGCAAGGAGCACUAAGAGCUUGACAGUGGUACCAGUCAGAGUUUAUACAACUUUAUCUCCAUUUUCUUGAUCAAAAUACUGCCAAACUAUGAAAAGCCUGCUGUUAUUUGUGCUUGUUUACAUCUGUUUAGAGGCAUUUAAUUGGUUUUUGGCUAUCAGCGCACACCUCUAGUUGGUUGUAAAAUGUUAAAUGAGUGUUGAUACCAUAGACUGUGUAUAGAAUGGACAGAGUCUGCCUCCUCGCUGGGUGAAGCCACUCCGAGAACAGCACCCUCUGUUGAUGGGCUGCGGUAUAGGUCAUAAAUCCCACUGUGAAGCUCAAUUUUUAAAAGUUAUUAGGGGGUUCGUGUUUGCUAUGAUUGACACCUGAUACAGCCUAUGGGCGUUCAGGGAUUGCGUAGCUCACCCGGGGGGGAUUCGCUGUUUGAGCCGAGCGUCAAUACAGCGACUCUCGGCGACUGCGCAACACAGAUUCAGGAAAUGAAGAAAAAACCCGGAAACAUCGAGAGCUAUUUGGCUUCAAAUCCGUAUACAGGCGGGAGGCGGAACCACGUUGUCCAUAGUAUAUACAGUCUAUGGUUGAUACCCGGUGCAGUAUACUGGUUCCCUUUCUCUCCGUGCUCUGGCCUGUCUCCCUGUUACUAUCACUACUACUUGACUGUGCCUGCUUUGGCGGGGUAGGAAUGUACUGGAUUUGUAAAUAUAGAAGCGCACUGUGUUUGUAUUAUCGGCUGAUAAAGAUAUGUAUCUGAAUGAGUUAACAGUUGUACCAUAUAUCCCCUCCUUCUCCUCCUCCUCCUCCUCCUCCUCCUGCUUUCUCUCCGCUGAGUACUGUGAAUUACUACAUGUCUCAUUAUUGUGAAUAAUAAUGUAUUUAUUUAUCAGAAGUGUAAUUGGGUCUGCAGAGAAUUUUAAUCCAGAAUAGAUUACAUCGUCCAUCUCAGGUUGUAGUGAAUAGGAUACAAAGAGAAAAAGAUAUACUAACUUCUCAGCGCACACUAACAAGUCUACACUACUUUAAAGAGAGCAAACCAACAGCUGCUAUCUAUGUAGCCUCACACUAACGGAAAAUGUGACUGAUGUAAACCUGUAGCAGAGUAGAAGUAGAGAGAAGUGUGGAUGUCAUUUAUCCAGUGACCUGAUUUGGCAUGUUUCUAAAAUACGACUGAGUUCCAAAAUGAGAUAUCCACUUGCUGAAAAACAAUCACACACAGAGCGACAUGUUCCUCUUUGUCGUUUUUAGACGUCUGUUUACAAAGAAGAAGAAAAAAAGUAGUAUCAGAGUAGAUUCAUACAUGUGAUAUUACAGAUUUAUUUCAGAUACAAAGCUUUUUUUUUCAAAGUGGAAGCAUUUUGGAAUGAGGCUCAAAAGAAGACGACACAAAUACUCUUUGUUUGCUUGUCCAGUUUAUUGAAAACAGAACUGCCAAGUUUUCAUCUGUUAAACCCCUCGAGUGAAAUAAAAAGGCAUAGUUGAAUUAAACAAAGUGUUCGUGAUUGACUUCAGUGAUACAAUCUUUUUUUUUAAGAGUGUAAGUAAAGAGUAAACAGUUCACAAUAAUACAUGGUUACAGCUUCCCUUCUUACCACUGCGCUGGGAUCAGCGGUUUCUUCCUUCAAAAUAAAAGUCCAAGAAUCACAUUAAAAUCAUGAAAAAGACAGUUACAUGAGAAAUGGUUUGCGUCUUCUGACCCCCCCCUCCCCCCAAAAGCUAAGAUAAUACAUUUCUGACCCACAAAAGAUGACAUUUUUCCCAUAAUGCACUCUGAUCUAGCUCCAGUAACCUAACAGAGGCACACUAAUGUCAAAAUAGAGGAUUUGGUUUCAUUUUCGCAUCUUAAAAACUCACAUACGUCACCCAGAAAAGUCUCCAUUCUGCAUCUGUUCCCUAAUAAACAUUCAGAAAUGUCAGUCUUGGUCCUGUUAUUCCCUUUAGUCAUCCGCUUACUGACACAGUAACAGUUUUUGGUGUCAUAAAAUCCAUCUGGGAAUUCUCCAAAUACACAACAGGCAGAGCCAAAAAUAGACAAUAUUUUACAGUGUUCUUACAUAGUGUUACAUUUCAGUGUGCAGCACAACAAGACAUGAGCAGUAGUACAGUUGUCAGGAGUAAUAUAAUCUGAAAAUAAAUACACUUUGAUGCAGCCGAGGUGCUGUCACCCACACUAACAUCCAGCUAACUUCAGUGGUCCACUUUAAAUCCUCCUUGAAAUAAAUCUUUUCCUUUCACACGCUUUCCUUGGCAUUGGACUUUGUUAAAUCACAAUGAAUGGGAAUAAAGAGAUCAUCCUGUAAUUUACAUUUACUACAUUCAGCUAUGAGAAUAUGGGUUCAAGGUGGGAUGAUCUUCCAGUGUGUUAGCACAUUGUGUCCAGUUCAAACAAAGGCAACACCCACAGUCUGGUUUUCCUUUAUCGAACCCAGAGACAGAAGACUACAUCGAGUAACCACAUCAAACUUGUAGUCCACAUCGUGUGUGCAGGGUCUGUAUCACAAAGCAAGAAUAAAUCAGUUCCCUUAUAUCUGUGAUCCUCUAUAAGAGUGACCCUAAAUCUGGUCAUAAUCUGGUUAAAUCACAAAACACAUCAUCACCAGGUUAAUGGACACUUUCUAUAAUAUGAGAUAAACGGAAGGAUACCCAGAAUGAAUCAAAUCCAGCAACCAGUGCAUAAUUAAAAGCUGUGGUAAGAGAUUAUAGGGGGAUUAUUGUAAAUCUUUUUUUAAUAUUCCACUUAGAUUAUAUGGCACAUUUUAAUGUGUGAAGCUGUAAUUACAGCUAAAGCUAUUAACAGCUGUAGUUCAGGUCUGCUUCACUGAGAAGUUGCAUUUAUAGAUUUAUUGAGUGAUUUAAGAAGCGUGUUGGCAGCAUGGGUGAACCACUUAUCACCUCGGACAAGUCCUAUUAGCUGUUGCCAUCAUUUAAAUGUUGAUAUAAUCUAUAUACACACAACCAAAACAGCUGCAAAACUUGUAGUUUCUUAAACUAAAGUGAGCUGUUGUGCAACAGUUGCUUACUUGAAAUUAAAUCUCUAUUAUGUUGGGUCAUGGCUCCAUAAAGAACAAGUUUUUAACCAGCAUUCAUACUAUACUAUAGUAUAUUAUACUAUAGUAGUAUACUAUAGUAUAGUAUAGUAUACUACUAUAUAGUAUACUAUACUAUAGUAGUAUACUAAAGCUACUACUAUAGCUAUUACUAUAGUAUAGUAUACUAUAGUAGUAUACUAUAGUAUACUAGUAUAGUAUACUAUAGUAUUAUACUAAAGCUACUACUAUAGCUAUUACUAUAGUAUAGUAUACUAUAGUAGUAUACUAAUAGUAUACUAAUAGUAUACUAUAGUAGUAUACUAUACUAUAGUAUACUACUAUAGUAUAGUAUACUAUAGUAGUAUACUAUACUAUAGUGGUAUACUUUUCUAUACUAUAUGGAAAUAACAGGUUGCCAUGGUGAUCUAAGCGUAUGCUGCAUUCGAGCUAGAAAAAAAGCUACGAAAGUUAUUUUAGCGCUUGCUUUGUCCGAAUAUACGGCAAGCACUAAAAUAACUUUCGUAGCUGUAACCAUCUUGUUUCGGGCCUCCGAUUUCGCUUUUUUCCGACUUGGUAACUGAAACUCUGGGAACUCGGGUGUGACGUCAUUUUCCGCUCCGACAUCUGACUUCGGAGGUGACUCAAACGCAGCACUAGCUUGGUAACAGGCUCAUCUUGCUCUGUGAUACAGGCCCAUUAUGAUGCAGCUUUACCUCCAUUUGCUCCUCUCAUACAUAUACUUCAUCCUACAAAUAAACUCAUAUAUGACAAUCAUGCCCGUCCGUGUACGAACAGCACACUAACACACUUCAUAGGUAUAUUAUUUCAACAUCCUGGGUCCAUUUUUUGUGUGUGCACUCACAGCAAACCUGCACACACCCACACAGCACAAACAUGAAUGAACACACACAAAAAAAAAAAACACCAAAUGUCCAAAAUAAACCUGUAAUCAAAAUGUCCUCCACAGGUUACAGAGAGAGAGGCUGACUGAAACCACAGCAGGUCUGCUGUGUACAUAAAAGUCUGUGGCUUCACAUGUGGAGUUAACAGUCAUUUAGGAGAGCAAUUAACGUUUAACUGAAAGUAUUUUCUGUUCCAGUCUGAAAUAACAUCUUAGUGUUACACAAAUAUGUGUGUGUGUGUUUGCAAAUGUGGAUAUACACACCCUUCUCCCCUGCCUGCUACCGAGUGUGCGCACCAAUGACUAUACGUGUGUAUUAAACUGUUAGAGAGUUGUAGUACUUGGUCGUCGACGUGAAAACUUGACAUCCAGAAUCUUUGAGGGAGAUUUCACACCGCAGCACUCACACUAACACACACACACACGCAGAGAAGAGAUCUUAAGCAUUAAGAAGCUCGUCUGCAGAGCGUCCAAUGGCGUCAGGGUUGGAGAGAGGGUCCAGGUCUGCGAACAGGUUGAACCAGGCAGACAUGUCCUUGGAUCCAGCCGGAGCAGCUGCGCAAAUGAUCAGACCACAUAUAUCGAAUCAGUUCAAACUGUAGAAGAGAGCUACGGCACAUUUCACCUCCGGCGGUUGACGCAAACGUCCACUUUGCUUCUGGGGUUCUUGUCUCACCCUGUCAGAGUUCUAAUUCACAUAACAACCACCUCACAAUACAUAGGUUAUCACAAGUUUAAAGACCUAAAUCAGCUCUUGAGAGAAAAACAAACACAGACAAAAAAAAAAAAGAAGGAAGAGCUUACCAGCUGCUGAAUUUGGAGCAGAGGGUGGAGCUGGUUGGUUCUGACCUGGAGGAGGCUGCAGGGGUGGGGCUUGGAACAUGGGUGGGGUUGCCCAUCCUGGAAGACAACGCAGGUUUAUUAAAGAAAACCCCAAAAACACCAAAACUAGCGUUUGCCACAUAUUAGGCCUGAUUUGCCAUCCCUAAUAAUCUGAUUUGAGACCUCCUCUAACUUCUGAGUCUAGGUUCGUCACUUUUUAUCAAGAUUCUGUGAGAUCUCACCUGUGAGGAAUCCCUAAAGUAAAAUCAUAACCACCUAUGAGUAGUCCAGCAUGCUGCCACAAUGUCUCUAUCCUUUUCAGAGCAGAGUGGGCUCACCUGUAGAGCUCAGACUGUGAUCCAGCAGCUGGGACGGCAGGAAGCCUGUGGGGCUCGGAGGAUUGGACGGCGGACGAGCUGUCGGUAGAGCACUCCCAGCACCUGUGACGGAUGAAGGGACACUAGGAGGGUCAAACAUCCCGAAAGCGUCCUGCCACUCUCUACUGAACUCGUCGCUGGCUCCCGGGCCCGGGCUGAGGAGGUCUUUGAGGAAAGCCAUGUCACCGCGUUCAGGGUCUUCCUCUUCUGGUCUCAAGCCUGACAUGGAGAGAGGAGACGGACCACCUGAGGGGAGUGGGAGGAAAGGAUUAUGGAUUGCAUUGAGACUGCAGAAGUCCUACAAAGUUCAGAGUUUGAGUCAAAAAUGAAGAAAAGUGUUCAUGAAAUAUUAGCGGCAUGGCAGAAAAGUUAGAUAAUCAACGCUUUCGGCUUUCUUCAGGGUUAAUAUUUGCCUGCAUGUUAUGCAACAGUUUAUCAUAACAUUAAAUGGGCCACACCUGUGUUUUGAUUUGCAGGUAUACUUGGGAAAUUGAACUCAUGAGUGUUUCCUAGGAGGUCCAAAACAAGAGAGAUAUAAUCAUCCUGUUUCUUUUUGCAAUGAUUUAUCCUCAGAUACUGAAAAAAUGGCAUAUCUGUGGACAAUUGGAAAUGCAUUUCCCAUACACACUUGCAUCUAGUUUUUCAUGCAGCCCAUCGAAGAGGUGAGUCCCAGAAGCGGAUAAGAAAGGUAGAACAAAGUGCCACAAGAAAGUGCCAGAAGUUGAAAUCCAGGGGAGGUGAGUGUGAGCCACAUCAAGCAAGAAAGCGAGGAAAGGAGAGACCAGCGAGGAAUCUUUGAAACAGGAGCGUUCGGAGACAGCUGGUCUGUUGUUUACCCAUGGCCGGCUGAAGUGUGAGACCAGACUGAAGGGCUUCGAAACCCCACGGCUGAGUGAGAUCUCCGCCUAGAAGUGGAGGCAGAAGCUGAGGCUGGAGAGGGAUGUCAGCUGGAGCAGGAGCUGGAGGAGGAGCAGGAGGCUCAGGGAUAUCGAGGGCCAUGAGCAGGAGGUCAUCGUCAGAGCUGGUAGAGAGUCCUCUGAGGUCUUGAAGGGCUGGAGUGGUGGGUGUGGGAGUGUUUGGGUGCACUGGGGUCGAGGAUGAUAAAGCCAAGAGGCAUCCAGCACACAAUCAGCUCCAGAAAUAUCAAUAAAACAGAGAAAACAUACACUUCCCAGGAGACUCACCGGUAUCCAAGGUUUGGCUCUGUCUGUCACUGCUGUGGGCGGGGUCUAGAGAGGGGAGAACAUCAGAAUAACCCUUAAUUCAAAGACCAGAUUCUUCGAUUUUCUUCUCAAAUUCAGAAAUAGUUUCCCAAAGCAAACAGAAAAGCGGCUCUUUCUUUCAGCCUGCAGGGGGCAGCGCCUACCUGAGUCAGAGGCACUUUCUGAUGGUUUGUCGUCAUCCAAGGACACCAGGCUGAGAGGGAAGGAAGAAAAGAGGGAGGGCAAAGAAUGAGAAAGUGCUUCAUCUAGCUGGCGAGACAUGUUUUGCUAUUUUUAGCGAUGCCACAGCCUCUGUUUGAUCUGGAGCUCUAAAUCCCUGAGCUACCGCGUACCUAUCGUCACAUGUAACACUUACUCAUGAGUAAACAUGGGCAUGACACUGGCCUCGUGUUUGAUGAAGGCAUGACUGAGGCAGGAGAACGAGUAGAGGACAGAGCAGACGGAGAGGUGAGGAUGUAAAGAUGGAAAAAGAGCGAUGAGAACAGAGACAGAUGGUACGAGCAGUAUGUGUGCGAACGAGUCAGGGAACGAGUCAGGCUACUUUCAUACGAGGGGUGAUUUUGUUUGACUUUCACCUGUCCGUGUUGCUCUUCUUCUUCUCCUUCUUAUCCUCCCGUUUCUGCAGCUCCGUUAUGUCAUCCAGGGGGUCUCUGAGGUCCUGCAGGAUUUGGUAACACCAGACAAAUGUCACACCAGGACGGACAAACAUGCUGAUCUCCACCUUAAGCUCCUGUUACCUUAAGAGUGGUGAACUGGUAUGAUACAUGUCCCUUAAAGGCCUCGUGGAUUCCCGACAUGGCACUGGCUGUCUUCUCCCAGAACUGCAACAGCGUGGUCUAUAAAGACGAAUUAAAGAUUCAGACGAGAGGAUCGAGAUUCUUGGUGCACCGGUCUUUAAAAAAAAGCACAUUACAUACCUGGUAGGUGCAGAGGGAGUGAGAGAGCAUGUUGCAGCGGCUCGCUCCCAGCAUAUCCACUUUCUGACACACGUCGUUCUUCAGCUUCUCAAACUGACUCUUCGUCCCUCUCACCUGGCCUUGAACCUGACAACAGACGCCACAGUUCAAACAAAGCGCCUCGACACGCCGUCUUUAAAAAGAGCGUCGAUCUGCUCCCACCUUGCGGAACUUCUCCAGCUGUUUGUAGGUGUCCGGGUCGAGCUCUUGGGAGACGUCUUUCAUCCAGAGGAGAGCCCCUCUGUACUCCGUGCGAGCCUUCUCCAUGCGGGUGACCGUCAGGAGGGUGUCUGCGAUGGCGCGCCGCCGGAACGUCUCCACUUCCUGGUGCAGACGGUGGAGCGGGGCACAGAGAGCCAUCCUGAGGAGAAUAAAAGACAAAGGGAGAGGAUCUUUAGGAGUGAAUCUAAAAAAGGAGAAGAACAUUACAGGUGAGAAUUCGGCGUUUCCCUCUGACCUUUGCUUCGCUGAAGCACACAGGGCUUUGCUGGUGGCGUCCAUCAUGUUGCCGGCCUUUGUGCGGUUGUGUUCAGCCUGGAAGCGCAGGAACAGGCCCAGCUCGUUCUCCUCCUGGGACAAACCUGGAAGAGGAGUUUGAGGUUUAAGUUCCUGCGACAAACACUGAGACCGGAUCUUCUAUUUGACAGAAGAAAGAACUCACGUGUGAUCCUGAGCUGAUACUUCUCGAUCACCUUCAGCAGCUCAGUGCACGUGGACUGAACCGAGCGGAAAAACUACGAAACACAAAACAGGCGACAUCAAGUUUUUCCUGCCAGGGUUUUAUUUUAUUCUCAAGAAGCAGACAUAAAAACACCAAGGCAGCUGAUUGUGUAUCUGGAGGCUGAAAGUUCGCAGGGACAGCUCCAAAUCUCUCUGCUUGGCUUUAUUUCCCAGAGCGCAGAUAAAACUAGAAAAGCACUCAGAGAGCACAGACCUCCACCAAGCAGCUCAUGUCCCCCCUUAAACAAGAAAUGCUCUGACCCAGAUUCGAACCCAGGACCUUCUGGUUGUGAGGCGACAUUGCUAACCACUACACCACUGUGCCACCCAUUGGUUAUCUUUCAGCAUUGAAAAUUCCAACGACACCCUUAUUUUUGUGUGUUCUGGAUCACAGUAUCCAGAAUUUUGUCUGGAUCAUCACCAAAAUGUGAUGGGAUCCUCCUGGGGCUUAGACGCACCUCUGAUGAAAAUUUCAGGUCAAUCUGUCUGUAACUUUCUCUCCGUAAAGUUGCUAACAAACAAACUCACAGACAAACAAACAAACAAACCAACACUACCGAAAACAUAACCUCCUUGGCGGAGGUAAUAAAUCCUCUAGUCGUGACCUCGUUGGCACCACAGAAACACCGCCUCUCCUUCUCGUCAUGCUCAUUCUGUCCCUUUGCUUCUCAGACGCACAAAAACACACGCCUGCCUCCUCCUCCUCCUGCUCCUCUCCCUGCUCUCCUCCCUCCACCUGUGGCUGCCUAAUAGUUAGUAACACCGUUGUACUACAAUUAAGAGCUGUUAGAUAAAGUUAUUUGUUUGAAAUGUAGUAUAAAAGAGUCCACACUGAUUUCAGCUUCAAAUGUUACAGGGUUCCUACUCAGUUGGAAUCUCCGUACUUUUCCAUAUCCUACAUUUUGAAUUAUUCUUGGAAAUACCGACUUUUCUAUUUUAGAAAACAGUUUUUUAGAAAUGUGGUAAUAUAGUCUGGAAACAUAAAUAUUGGACACCAUAGAGGUAUACCAAGACUUUUCCCUCUGCAGCAGCUUUAACUGCAAACACUUUAAGUCUGCUCCUGCUGCUCGUCUUGAGGCAGUAACGGAGCUGAAAUGAGCAUGUGUAGUGACUGAUUAACAGCAGAAUAAACAGUCCCUGCCUCCAUUCUGUCUGCCUCAGCAGCAGCUAAACACCUGUCCGAGUCUCAUCCCCGCUGUGUGAAUGUCACUAAUGUUUUCCUGUCUUAGCGUCCGAUUGAUCGACAAUCGAACCCUCAUCAUGACUUUUACAGAAAGUAUAAGAAAAAGAGUUUAAAUUCAAUUUUGGUCAGAUUUUUAUUCAAAGAGGUUUACAUGCAAUAAAGCAAAAGCUGCAGAGAUGAAAUCUGAACGAGCACUGAAGCAAUUCUGAGAUAUAACCAGGUUAGCUUCAAGGCUCCUAAUCUGGUUCUGGGUCCCUCCACAAAAGGCACACAGUCAGGAUGAAAUUCACAAAAGCCUUCGUCCAUUUUGAGCCCAUUAUCACUUUCCCCGUCUCCUCUGACUUCUCAGUCUAACAGCAGAGACGCACACAGAGAGCAGCGGGACACAACGCAAGAGGCCUGAUCUUGUUCCAGAGCAAACAAAAGCCUCACAGUGUCUCCUUAACGGCUCGCUGAAACUCGACCACGUCUCCCUCUCACAGGACCGCACCAUCAGACAGCCUGUCAUAACGAAGUGCCAGCCGGGUUUCGGCCAAUUACACGUGUCCACUCUUGUCUACCACGGCAGUGAGUAACGAGUGAGAAGUGCAAGGACAGAGCGUCCCAUCAUUGACAUCUUUUUCACAGGUGUGAGACAUCUUGCGCGUCAUCACAACAGUGAAGAGCGGACAAGAUUAAAAGAGUGAGAGAAGAGAGGUUAAAGCUUAAAAAUACUAGAGCUUUUCCAGUUUAUUUAAGCAAAUAUGGAACAUAAAGACUCAAAACAGUUUGUUUAGUUGAGUCAAACUUUAAGAGAUGUAUCCAGCUGCAGCCCCAGAGCCAAAAGCCCCCCAGCGUUAAAGAGAUGCUCCUGACAGGACGAGACCAUUAACUGUGAGACUGAUGAGUCCACACCACCUGUGAACAUCCACUGGCUUUAACAAUAACAAUCCGCCUGAUGUAGAAAUAAAUAAAAAUAAAAUGUAAGACUCCGACAUUCAGAAAUACCUCAAGCUUUGCAUCCAGAUCAGCAUCCGAGGCCACCACGUACUCGUCCUCUUUCUUCCCCGUGGCUUUAAUGAAGACCUGUUUCGUCUUCCAGAAUUUCUUCUGCAUGCGGGCCAUCACCGAGCUGUCCUCGCCGAGCACGGUCCGGCCGCCGCUCAGCAUGUCUCCUUGGAACCUGCGGACAAAAGGAAAUCGCUGUAUGACGCUUCAGGGACACAACCUUCAGAUUUUUACGCUGAUGAAAUUAUCAAAAUAUUACAAAACGCAAUUCCAAUGAAGGUGGGAAAUUGUGGAUACACUACAAAGACAAGAUAUUUAAUGUUCAAAUGAUAAUAAACUCAGAAUUUCAUGGCUGCAACACAUGACAAAGUAGUUGGGACAGGGGCGUGUUUACCACUGUGUUACACCACCUUUCCUUUUAACAACACUCAAUAAACGUUUGGGAACUGAGGAGACGAAUUGUUGAAGCUUUGAAGGUGGAAUUCUUUCCCAUUCUUGCUUGAUGUACAGCUUCAGUUGCUCAACAGUCCGGGGUCUCCGUUGUCGUAUUUUACGCUUCAAUGGGAGACAAGUGUGGACUGUUGGCACGCCAGUCGAGUACCCGCACUCUUUAACACAUGCAGAAUGUGUCUUGGCAUUGUCUUGCUGAAAUAAGCAGGAAGAGCGUCCAUUAAAAAGACGUUGCUUGGAUGGCAGCAGAUGUUGCUCCAAAACCUUUUUGUACCUUUCAGCAUUAAUGUUGCCUUCACAGAUGUGUAAGUUACCCAUGUCUUGGGCACUAAUUCACCCCCAUACCAUCACAGAUGCUGGCUUUUGAACUUCACGUCAAUAACAGUCCGCAUGGUUCUUUUCCUCUUUGGCCCAGAGGUCACGACGUCCACUAUUUCCAAAAACAAUCUGACAUGUGGACUCGUCAGACCACAGAACACUUUUCCACUUUGCAUCAGUCCAUCUUAGAUGAGCUCGGGCCCAGAGAAGCCGGCGGCGUUUCUGGAUGUUGUUGAUAAAUGGCUUUCUCUUUGCACAGUAGAGUUUUAACUUGCACCUACAGAUGUAGCAACGAACUGUAUUUACUGACAGUGGUUUGCUGAAGUGUUCCUGAGCCCAUGUGGUGAUAUCCUGAACCUUUUGAUGAUAUUAUGGACCGUAGAUGUUGAAAUCCUUCAAUUCCUUGCAAUUGUCCGAACUGUUCGACUAUUUGCUCACGCAGUUGUUCACAAAGCGGUGAACCUCGCCCCAUCCUUGCUUGUGAAUGACUGAGAAUUUUUGGGAAAGCUGCUUUUAUACCCAAUCAUGACACCCACCUGUUCCCAAUUGACCUGCUCACCUGUGGGAUGUUACAAAUAGAUGUUUGAUGAGCAUUCCUCAAAUUUCUCAGUGUUUUUUGCCACCUUUACCAACUUCUUUGUCACGUGUUGCUGCCAUGAAAUUCUAACUUCCCAACUUCAGUGGAAUUGGGUUUUGUAGAUAUAGGAUUUGUAUACAUACCCGUCCAUCAUGGGAAUCCAGCUUUUUUUCUGAUCUAAAGACACAACACAGAGAACAUUAUUCAUUCUAAAUAGUACACAUUUAAAAACUGUUUGUAUAUGUAUUAGUUUUAAUGCAAAUGGGAGACAAAAUGUUCAAAAACUUGCUCCUCCUGGUUUUCCUGUUGGAUUUCACAGGGAUGUAGAACAAGAAAGCAUAAAAACAAAGGUGACAAGUGGUCCUCUUCUGCUUUAUAAUCUGAUUAUAAGAGGUAAUCAUUGACGUUUAUCUGUGCCUGGACCAAAACAAACACAGCUAAAGGCUAAAAAGCUAAUCUAAUAUGGUUCUUGGAGCUGGGAUCAGACACCUGCGACUUCCAGGAGUCAGGAGAAAAGAGAGCCAGCUGGCUGUCGAGCAGGUGUUUAGUUACAACAAAUGACACCUCAAUGACACUGAUAUACAUAUGAAAUAUAUGAGUCAAUGUGGUAUUUAUUUAUAAUGGAUAUUAAUGAAAAAAAAGGGACACAAGUGUGGAAGAGACAAGCAAGGAAACGUCAAAGAAGGAGCUUUGGUGCUAGCAGCAGUUUAGCUUACAGCAUCAAGUAUCCAAGCUCGAGCUGAAACCCGUCUUAACUUUUAAUUACACGAAUCUUUUUCUUUCGUUUUAGUCGUGUUUUGUAUUAAAAGAGGGCGAAGAACCUUUACCUUUCUGUUGUUUCCGUCCAGCUGUCCGAGCAUCAACGCUAGCCUCCUCUCCCGAUGGCCGUCAUCGUCUGACUCAGAGAAACAGGAUAUGCAAAGGAGCGGAGGCGCCAUUUUAACACACGGGGGCGCUGCUGAACAGGCCACACCAGAGAUCGUCUCUGAACAAGAUGAGCCGCUCAGAGAGGUGGAAGUGGGACUAGAGAAGUACGGUAAGCUUCAACAACGCGUUUUUUUUCGUUAAUUUCAUAAUCUAUUUAGUAAUUAAUGGUGCUUGCAAUGAGUAAAAUAUGCUUAUUUCAGUAUUUUUGGGAACAUUUCAUUUUUAGAAAUAAUAUUCGUAAUGAUGGAUUUUUGUUGUUUUAUCAGCUAUUCCUGUAUUGAUUCCCUUCAGGGAUCAAUGAAGUUCUUCUCCUUCCUUAUUUUACAAUAUUAUUUUUCAUUUUGUGGAAGGUUAGAGUGCAUCGUGUUUGUCAUCGACAUGUAGAACCACCUUAUUUCACCCUUGGUAGUUAACUACCUCAUUGUUAAGGUGCUAAGCAUCGGCUUGGUCAUUGGUACGUUUUCAUUUACAAAGACAUUCUUGGAAAGAUACAUCUCCUCCGUAUUGAUCUUAGUUAAAGGAUUACACAUUGCUGCCAUUCUUGGUCAGGUCUCCCUUACAAAUGAGGUCCUCACAUCUCAAUGGGACAAACCUGGUCAAAUAAGAGAUUUUAUGAAUGGAAACUUAGAAAAGUUUACAGUGGACAUUUAUUUCACUCCACUAUGAACCAACAAAAUCAAUCCGAGUGAGAGCUCUUCUUUUGUCUUUGUCUUUGGUAAAACCAGUCUGAGGAGGAAAAGAGUCCGUUUUUGUUCAAGUCUACUGGUUUUCUUUGUAAAACUAAAAUAUACAAGGAAGUUAUUUGUGUGUGAAGGUUGUCCAGAAUGACUGCUGAGAUGCACAUGCGGUGAUUUCCUCUACAGAGUUUUUAAUGUGGGACCACCUGAGGGUCUGAGGAUCAUGGAGACAGUCAUACAGGCAUAGAGUGUCAGAGGUAAAUUCACAUAUACUGGUAGAAAAUCUUUUUCUGAACGUCAAUAAUCAAUUAUUAUUUUUUUAGAUUUUUACUGAGUCAUUUUUGGAAACUUUCAUGUUAUCUCAGCCACUAUCAAAUAUCAAACAUUUCCAACAGGCACACAUAAAACAAACGUUAAGAGAGGAGACAAAAUUAACUUAAAGUUUUCUUAGGAUACAGGGAAAACAACAACGAUCCUCGAACAUGUGUAGAAAAAAAAGGAGGUGGAGUAUAAACCAUAAGGGUAAAGGACAAAGCAGGAACCAUUUGUCUCAUUUUAAAACUCAAACACUGAUUUUGUGUAUUUUAAUCUGUCUAUUUUGUCUCUGUGAUGAUAGAUGAGGUAACUUUCUGGGGUUGGUGUCGACUGUGGAGCCUAUGCCCCUACAUCCAUCUGACAGGCUGAGGAUCUGUAGGUGUACAGCUUGUUAUCUGCGCCUCCACUCAACAUCAGCUGAAAACAGGAGACAGACAAAAGAGAAAGGAGGUCAGUUUUGUUGUACUGUGUUUUCCUCUUCUCGUACUGAAGCAGUGAAAGCUCUUAUUUAGAGUUGUGAAUGUUAACAAAGUCUUACCCCACUUUCCGUCCAGUCCACACAAAAUACUUUGUCCUCAUGGGCCGCCAGGUCGUACAGAGGAGCCUUACAGCUGCGACACAUGAAAGCAAUAAGUUCACUUUAUUCUUACAACAACAAAAAAAACACAAAGCUAAAAAAACAUGUAUGACUUCAUGCUUUACCUUCUGGUGUCCCAAAGUUUAACCAGGUUGUCAAGGGAACCAGAGACCAGCUGGUGUUCGUGUGAAGGUGCCCACUUUACCGCUGUGACCCAGCCGGUGUGAGAAGUCAGAGAGAGCAGCACCAGCGACCCGUCUGCAAAUGAGGAGAAGGAGAUGUUUGUGAGCGGAGAUAGAGAAGAAAAGAGAUUUAGAUUUAGAAGAGGAGAGCACGCAGUGGUACCUUUGGUGCGAGGGUCCCACAGCCGGAUGUGUCUGUCGGUGCUGCCUGAGGCCAGCCGGCGACACAGCGGCGAGUAGGAUAUACAGUUAAACACUUUACUGCCCGUCUGUGGGGAGAGUACAACAAGAUAAGUCUGCAAUGUGUUCACGUAUGAUGGUUUUCAGAGUCCAUGCGGCGACUUCCACCACAGAGUCAUGGUGUUGUUUUUUAGGACUUCAGAUUCUUCAACCGAUUCUGAAACAAAUCUGCUAAAACACCAGACUUCAAACCUAUUCCUUACCAGCGUCGUCUUCAUUUCUCCGGUCUCCACAUCCCACAUACGGAUGGUGUGGUCCCACGAUGCGCUGCAAACUUCUUCGCUGUCGCACCACAGGACGGAGGACACCGCCUCGUUGUGUCCAGAUAGCGUCAUUAGAGGAGUCUGUGUUGGAGUCAGAAAAUAUGAGGCACACAUUUAACAUGCAAGCCUGCACACCCUGUUUCGUAUGAUCGUGUUAGGACCACGUACCCUGGUGAGGCCUAGCUGUUGGGUCUUCUGUUUCUUCCUCGGUCGGUCGCCAGGCUCUUCCACCUCGUCUGCCUCGUCUGUGGGGACUGACAGCACCAGAAAAAGGUUAUAACAGAGCUUUAACCUCCUUUUCUCUAUUCUGCCAUGCCAAAGUUACGAUAAUCCCUGAGAGUGACCUACCUGCUGACCAGAUCUUUAACAUUUUGUCCCAGGAGCCGCUGCAGAACUGUGUGGAGGAAACACAAGUGCUCAAAUUCAUCUCGUCAUAGCCCUUCAGUCGCUUUUCUUUAUCCGAUUGCUUGUUUAUUUUCUUUUCUCUCCUUCCUUCUUUACCUUUGAGCCUGUGGGGUCUGUUGCGACGGUGUCGACGCUUCCUGUGUGCCCCCGACAGCAGUGUCUGGCCUUCACUUUGUUCCUCUCCGAGUUC